CGUGCAACAGAACCAGUGUGAUGUCGGAGAUCAAAGGGAGUGUAAGUGUGCGCCACCGCUCCGAUACAAACCCGUUUGACCUGUGUCUGUGACCUUGCUUGGCGUCCGUGGCGGUCCAUGGAUGCGCGUUUGUGACCUUGAGGCAUGGAGAGCCGUUAAGGUUGUGGUAGAUGCGGAAUUAAUGGGAUACGAGGAAACGGGAGAAGCGUGAGGUAAUUAAGGAGUGUGUCACCAUGCUGCGGAACAAGCCAAUCCGAGGCGCCCUAUUGGACAUCACAGGCGUCCUUUAUGAGUCUGGAACGCGUGUGGCCAUACCUGGCAGUGUGGAAGCUGUGCGCAGGCUGAAGGAGGCGGGUGUGGGGGUGCGCCUUGUCACCAAUGAGUCAUCCAUACCUGUAGCACACCUGUCCACCAAGUUAGAGGGAAUGGGGUUUGAAGUGAGAGAGAGAGAGAUAAUUAGCCCCAUACCUGCUGUCUUGAAAGUGCUGGAGAGAGAGAAACUGACUCCACAUCUGCUUGUCAGCCCGCAGGUGGAGUCAGAGUUUGCUCACUUGCUCUCCAAUCAAACAUCUCCAAAUUGUGUUGUGCUUGGUGAUGCUGGUAAUGCCUUCAGUUUUGAAGCCCUUAACAAGGCUUUCAGGGCUCUCAAGACCAUGCCAAGCCCUAGACUCAUUGCCCUGGGACGUGGGAAGUACUACAGGCAUGAGGGAGAGCUGCACCUAGAUGUGGGACCCUUCAUGAGUGCCCUGGAGUAUGCCACGGGGGUGCAAGCAGAGGUUAUUGGCAAGCCGGCUAAGGAGUUCUUCAAGGCAGCCCUCUCUGAUUUGGGGGUCAGUGCUGAAGAGGCAAUAAUGGUUGGGGACGACAUUGAAGGUGACGUGGAGGGUGCACAGGGGUGUGGGGUGGCAGGGGUGCUGGUAAGGACAGGCAAAUACACCCCAACCUCAGAGACUCAUCCCUGCAUCACCCCAGCUGCUGUGCAGGACAACCUAGGGUGUCUGGUGGAGGCACUGCUGGUGGGGGGGAUAUGAGAGAGAGAGAGAGAGAGAGAGAGAGAGAGAGAGAGAGAGAGAGAGAUGAAUAGAGGGGUGUGUUAGUGUGUGUGUGUGUGUGUGUGAGAGAGUGAGAGAGAGAGAGAGAGAGAGAGAGAGAGAGAGAGAGAGAGAGAGAGAGAGAGAGAGAG